CGUAAUCCCAGAUGGUACAUACAUGCGUAUCUCGGAGAAGAAUCGAGACAUUUGUGUAGCAGACGAUACGAUUAAUCGUGACGUGAGAAACAAAAGGGUAAAUUGCGCGCGGUCGUUUAUCGCGGCCAAUCAUCCGAAACGAGGAUCGCUGUCGUUCCUCGCGAACUUGUGCCCGUCACAGUUAUCGUUCCUAAUCGAAAUUGCGAUCGUGAUUCAUUAGCGGGGCGUUAGUCUGCAGUGUCUCGACAUUGCGCAUCCGUCAAGAUUGUCACGCUCGUUGACAUUUCGCUUUCCGCCGUUCACCGAUAUCGGCCCUUUAUCGGAUAAAAAAGGAAAACGCGAAAGUUAAAAACAUGGUGCAUCGUUCGCAGUAAAAUGUGGAACCGCGGACUUUUCAUCCGUCGAUUUCAUCCCUUCGCUUGCUAUUUAUGGAGCAAGAUUAUUAUGGACGUAAAGUAAUAUCAAGGAUGGAAUAAGUUGAAAGCUGGAGAGCAUCAUGUAUCUACGCCGCACAAUUGUCUAACUGGGCUUGGCUCUGAGUUACAUGUCGUUUCUUUGCGCACAAAUGCCAAGAUGUUAGACAACACUGCUAAUAUGGAACUGAAUAAUGUGGGAAGCAACAGAAGUUCUAUAUAUCUGGCACUAUCAUUUCGAAAAUUAUGUCUGGUAACAGUUGGCUUACCACUUGUAUCAUUGUUGUUUUGUUUCGUUACGGCAUAUAUAUUCCAACAGGAUGACAUUCACGAAACUCAUUGUAGGGUCUAUAAUAUUCUUCCAUCAAUCUCAGCCAUUACUGGAGUAUCUCCUCAGAGGUAUCUAUGGCGUAUCAGCAUAGCAUUACACAUUGGACCUAGACUGAUUAUUGCCAGUGUUUAUCAUUCAUAUUAUUAUAACAUACUUAAGAACAUUGAAGAUGUGCCUCUAAAAAUUAUGGGAAGUAGGCUCCUAAAUUUAUGCUAUUGGCUAAAUAUUGCCGAGGUAGCAGCUUUGUGUGGUGUAACAUACAUUUCUAACAGGGAAAAUUAUUCGGUACACGAAAAAAUUUUCAUAGUGUUCAUGAUUAGUUCGCUCACAUACAUGCUGAUUGCCGUAAGAUUGGGUCGCCUAGUAACUCCAAAUGCACAAAGCCUUCAGUACAAACAGAUGCUUUUUAUGACAAGUCUCGUCAGUACAAUUGGUCUUAUUAUCUUCUUCUUGAAACAUCGGCUGCUGUGUCACGAUUUGGCAUUUAGUUGGUUCUCGCUAUGUGAGUAUGUGAUAGCUUUUGCAAAUAUGGGAUUUCACAUCACUGUUGUUUUGGAUUUUCCAAAAGAUCAACUGGUCGUAGGUCACGAUUUACCUGCCGCGAAAAUAGAUUAACCUUUUAAGAUAAUUCGUCAUUCUCAUUGUCAUAUUAAAGUGCCUAUUGCCUCUGCAUGGAAGUGCUAUAAAUCAUGGUUCUCAAGAGGUAAACAUUUGGCACAAUUCACAAUACAUAGAAUCAUGAUUAUCUCAGUUUUAUGAUAUUUUAUAAAAUUACAAUGUGUUCUAUUGUUGAGAUUAAUGUAAUUUGCUUCUCAUGAUCUUUAAAAAAGCAAAAUACUUUACACAUAUGUAAGACAA